AUGAUCGGUGCUCACCUCCUUGUCCUCAGUGCUCUCCUUACAAGGUCACUGGCCGCUGUUCCAAUACCAGUCGAUGGCUUCUGUGCUAGCUAUAUCAUCCAAGGGUACGAUACCUGUGCCCUAAUCGCCCAAGCACAUGGUAUCACCGAAGCCGACAUUGAAGCCUUCAAUACAAGAACCUGGGCAUGGCUCGGCUGCAAUCAGUUGUACCAGGGUGACUUUAUUUGUCUCAGCCCCGGUGAACCGCCUAUGCCAAUGGCUUUACCGAAUGCCAUCUGCGGCCCCCAAAUCCCCGGCACAGCACGCCCAAGCAACUGGACUGAUCUCGGCUUUAUGCAUCCGUGUCCCUUGACUCAAUGUUGUGCUACAUGGGGUCAAUGCGGUACAGGGAUUGAAUACUGUGAUACCAAAGCCCGUAAACCUCCUGCUGGAGUGACGGCUACUGUCAGUGCUGCUACGGAGGCUGAGCCUCGGGCCACUGAGCUUCAGGCUACUGCUGUUGCUAUACAGACCAAGAGUGACAAUGGUGUCAUAGUAACACAGUUGCCAAAGUCACAAACUGUGGCACAACCCGCCGAGGCCCAUAUAGAGCAAUCUGAGUCCCAAGUUUUGUCCACGGCAACAUCUACAACUUCAGAAUCCACGACCACAACCGAGGAAGAGUCUUUGGGGAGAACUGACAAACCGUGGGAGGGAAGCAUGGAGAUGGAUGAAUGGAAUGAACCAUGGGAGCUCACAUGGUAUAGCGAGAAGGACUGCAAAGGUGACUACUACACUUUGUCAGGAUAUAACGACGAGAUACCCUCAGCCGAGGAAGAGCGAUGUCAGAACAGGAAAGACGGGGUGAACAGCGCGUUCACUGAAACAGGUGUGAUGUGCAGAUGGUGGACGGCAGGUGGUCUUAAGUGGGAUCCUUGUGAAGCUGGCACACUGGAGAAACCACAGUCGUGGAUUCUGAAGAAUGCCUACUGUACAGUUUUUGAUGCUUGGAACUGUGAUUGCUUUGACCACUUUUCUCACUCUUAUCAUUCUGUGGGCUGUCAUAACAGGGACAAAUUUGACCCGCCUAAGUUUGUCUCUUUCGUGUGUCAACGUGUUAAGUCUGAUUGA